GUUCUUUUCUGCACUGCACGCCCCCUUUUUCUACAGUACAUGGUGGGUUGUUUAGGAAUGAGAUAAUGCCAUGGAAGCAAAGCUGUCGUCGGUAGCUAAGACCCUAAAGCCUUCCCCAAUACAACAACUAUCUUAUCUAGCUGAACGUAGCAACGCCAUUAACCUCGCCGAAGGCUUCCCUGAUUUCCCGGCACCUCCCAAUAUCAAGGCCGCCGCCGUCUCCGCUAUCACCUCCGAUUUUAACCAAUACAGGCAUGUUCAGGGAAUAUGUGAUCUGGUUGCGGAUAAAAUGAAGCAAAUGCAUGGCUUAGAUGUUGAUCCCGUAACAGAUAUUGCCAUUUGCUGUGGUCAGACCGAGGCAUUUGCUGCCACAAUGUUUGCAAUAGUUAACCCUGGGGAUGAAGUAAUACUUUUUGAUCCUUGUUUUGAAACGUAUGAAACAUGUAUUUUAAUGGCUGGAGGAGUCCCUGUGUAUGUAGCCCUGGACCCACCUUAUUGGAGACUUGACGAGGUCAAACUUUCAGAUGCUUUUACUGCAAAGACAAAAGCUCUGGUACUGAAUAGUCCUCACAACCCAACUGGAAAAGUUUUUAACAUGGAAGAGCUACAGAUGAUUGCUGGAUAUUGCAUAACAAAGGAUUGCAUAGUUGUUACAGAUGAAGUGUAUGAACAUAUAACAUAUGACAAUGAAAAACCUCAUAUAAGCCUGGCCUCACUACCAGAAAUGCAAACCAGAACCAUCAUCACGUCUUCCUUGUCCAAAACAUAUAGUGUCACAGGGUGGAGGGUGGGGUGGGCCAUAGGUCCAUCUUGCAUUGCGUUUGCAAUCAGAAACAUUCAUGCGAAACUUACAGAUUCUGCCCCUGCGCCAUUUCAGGAAGCUGCCUUGACUGCAUUAAAAAGUCCACCAGAGUACUAUAAAUCACUGAGAAAAGAUUAUGAAGGAAAAAGAGAUUUUGUGUUCAAGUUGCUUGGAGAUGUGGGGUUCCAGGUUCAAUUUAUGCCAAUGGGUUCGUUUUUCAUAUUUGCAGCGCUUCCAGAUACUUGCAAACUUAUGGACGUUGAAUUUGUGGAGGAAUUAAUAAAAGAAGCUGGAGUUGUGGCUGUUCCUGGAUGCGGGUUUUUCCAUACAAGUUCAGAGAAGCAUAAUAGAUAUAUCAGAUUUGCUUUCUGUAAGGGUCAUGCUACUUUGACUUCUGCUGCUCAUAACAUCCAACAGCUACUUGAUGCAUCAGGGCGCCUCAACCUUCUUUGAAUUCAUCAUGGCAAAUUUACUAAUACUCACUGUGUUUUUUGUUUUUUUGUCAGAUUAACAACUUUACUUGUUAGUCGUUAGAAUACAGAAAAAUGCCCCAAAAUGUGCAAGAUUUGUUUUUUUAUCAGUGCAAUGCCACUCUGCAUCUUAAUUGUGCCCAUGUUUUUGUCUAACUUUAUGAAUUAAGCUGGCCC